UCCGCGGUGGCACUGUCUUGUCUCGGUCCACGCCACGGGGCUUUAGGAGGUUUCUGCGGGAUCUUCACACAUCGCCAUGCGGAACAGGUGAACACCGAGCGGGCACAGGUGUGUUUCACGGGAAGACACGAUCGGGAGCGCGCGCGCGCACACGCAUUGAAGCAUGUGUGGUGUGGAUGUGGACCUGGAGGAUGGCGCUGGCAAGAAGAAGGAAGAACAGGACGAAGAGUGUGAGAUGGGGGAGCGCACACACAUGUUACCUGCUCCUCCGGAGCUGAGCGACGCCGAAGUGUGCGGCGGCCGGCGGGGACGCUGCGGCUGCCUGGCCUGGGGGGCACUGCUGCUGCUCUGGAAUGUGUCCGUGGCUCUGGUCUGCGUGCUCAUCAUGGGGACCGUGUUCGCCCUGGUGCUUCUGCCCACCGCGCUGCUGCUGUAUGCUGGCUUCCUCUGUCACUCAAGGGUGCUCAACUCAUCUGCCCCACUCUGCCUUUAUCUGAACGACAACAGCUGCUCUGCUCUCAUCAUCCUUGGGUUUGUGAUGAUGUCACCGCUUGUCGUGAUCGCCGCAGCGACCUUCUGCACCCUGGCUCUCAGACUCCGCCUCCUCCUGCUGUUUCAGCCAAUGGCAUGGGCUUGGCACCAUGGAAGUGGUUGGACCAGGGGUGGUAGUGUACGAGCUUGGGUCUAACCGGGUCUCAUGCACACAUACGCCACGGUGGACGCUGUCACAAACAAGCUACACAGUGAUGGGUGUUAUUAAGAUGCAUUGU